AUGAAAAAAGGAGAGUUUAUCAAGAUCAGUCUUCAUAUUAUCAAGUCAGACAGGCAGCAAAGGAUUCACAACUUGGCCAACAAAGAGCACAACACCACUGGUCUCCUCCCUUAUUACAAAGAGGAAAGGAUGGUCAGCUACAAAGUCAAACACGUCCACGGGCCUGCUGUACAUCGAACUUCCAACCAUGCCGACAUAAGAAACUGCCGCAGCCUCCGUGCCCUUUUCGUCCACCUCUACGUAUGCCUUAUGAAUAAAGAGCGAGAUUUCGAGUGGAUUAUCCGGGUCAGAGUAAACCAUCUCGGUCAAACCACCGUGAAAAGGGAGAACCAAUCCUUGACUUUUAAAAAACUCCGAAGCCUCAAAGUCGAAGCUUAUUUUAAACUUGGGGAGGCGAAAAUCCCCCAUUUUCACUCUUUUACGUGGCGUGUGGUGCUCUAUGAACCCAGAAAUCGAGCCGAAUUUCUCGACGAGCGCCUGCAAGCCAUCCCUGGCAUCGGGAAGAAAGAAGUACAUGGAGAAUGCCCGCGUGUCCUGACCCUUUUUGUACGAACCUUAAAAUCAUCAAAGGCGAGCGCAAAUUGGUCCUUGGAGCUGGUCAUGAAGGGCACACGGACCGAACUCCCAUUCAAGAGGAAGAAGUCGUGGACUUUGGUUCGAGACGGGUCGAAUUUUGAAUCCCAGGCUCCUUUGAAGUAG